AUGUCACAAGCUGAUAUUGAAGAAUUCAUGAGACAGACUGGUGUUAGAAGUGAAUCAACUGCCUCACAGUAUCUCCAGUCUAAUUUUUACAAUGUGGAAAAGGCUGUAAACGCAUAUAAAAAUAUUCAAAGUGGAAAAAAAGGUAAAGGCGUAGAAUGGUUUGCAGGCGGAAACACACGUACUGGUGAUGGUGUUGCUUUACUCUCUCGUCCAGAUGAUGAUCCAAAUUUCACACCUCUCGAUGGAAAUGCGAAGCCAGCACCAGAACCUAUAGCAGCUCCAGAACCUGUAGUUAGAAAUGAGCAAUUAGUUCCAGCUAAUACUGAUCACUCAAUAGAAGGACAACCAAAAUUAAAAGUUAGAAUCGAAUUUGAAGAUUUAGCACCAAUUACAAUGACAAUAUCAAACUCCCAGACAGUCGGAGAGCUUAAACAAUUCUUAACUCUUCACCGACCAACUUUACAAGGAAAGAAAAUUGACUUUGUCGUGAAGCCAAAUAGACCUCUUACUGAUGACAGCAAGACUGCUGAGGAAGAGCACCUGAAGAUGGCCAUGAUUAAAUGCACUCAUAACUAA